AUGCACCUGCAAGACUUGCACCUUGCUGUCAUAGUGCUGCUGCUCUGUGUCAACUCUUUGCAUUGCGCUAUUCUCUCUGCUGCAUCUUCGUACGAGUUCACUGCCUACAGGAUGCAACAGUACAACCUGGAAAAAAAGAUACAUGGUUGCCGAGGUGCCAUCAUUGUGGCAGAGGCCCGGUCCGCUGAUGAACCAGCGCUGACCCGCCGCUGUGUCAUCAUGAGGGUGGUGGACUUCACCACCAAAUCAUACACUGAGGCUCAGAGACAAAACGCUGCCGCCAUUCUGAUUCUGUUGCCCAAAAAUAUGUCAAGUAUUUUACCUGAAGAAAUACAGUCCUUCAUGAUGAGCGAGAGACAAGCCUUGAUGAAGGAGACUCUCGUGCCAGUGUAUGUGGCCCCUGAGGAUGAACAGCUGCUCUACAUGUAUGAAGAGGUGAAGAAGGCUGCUUCUGCUAGGACCUCGUCUAUAUUCGUCCGAGUCUUUCGAAGUAUGGUAACAGCGACAGCCUUUCAGAUCUUAGUGAGUAACAAUUCCCCCAUCAAGGCCAUUACAGACACCACACUGGUUACAUUGGAAGGUGUACUUCCUGGAGCCGGUGAGGACAUACCCACUAUUGUGAUCACUGCCCACUAUGAUUCACAUGGACUGGCACCAUGGUUGUCCUAUGGAGCCGACUCUAAUGGAAGCGGCGUUGUCAUCUUGCUUGAAUUGGCACGUCUCUUCCAGAUUCUUUAUAGUAGCCCAAGAACUAGGCCACGCUAUCAUUUAAUGUUCUCCCUCACUGGAGGAGGAAAGUACAACUUCCAAGGCACCAAGAAGUGGAUUGAAGAGAACUUGGACCAUGCUGAAUCAAGCCUGCUUCAUGAUAAUGUGGCAUUUGUGUUAUGUCUGGAUACACUGGCCAAUGGUGAUGAGCUGUACAUGCACGUGUCCCGUCCACCCAAAUCGGACACUCCCAUGUAUGCAUUCAUUCAACAUUUGGACAAGGUGGUUUCCUCCAGAUUCCCGUGGAUGAAGACAGAAGUGGUCCAUAAAAAAAUCAACCUCGUGGGGUCCACCGUUUCUUGGGAGCACGAGCGCUACAGCCUUCGCAGGAUACCAGGAUUCACUCUGUCUCACCUGGAAGACCCUAAAUCCGAGCUGCGGGGCUCCAUCCUCGACACUGUUUCCCAAGUUGACUUCCGGAAAAUGAAGCGGAAUGGGAUCAUCAUAGCAGAGGCUCUGGCACGGUACAUGUACCAGUUAUCUGACAAGGGUUCACCAAAGGAUGUUCAGCUUUUCAAAGGCCGGUUGGACUUCCAUGACAGUCGAAUAUCCAGUCUUAUGUCCUUCCUAACGUCAGUUCCUCGUGCCACACAGCUGAUGGAUAAAGAGCCUGCUCACAUCUUGCUCAUUAACUCGCUGGAGCAUGAGUUCAAACAAAACUUACAGCAAGUGCACAGGCACAUUUUCAGACAGGACAGAAGGGACCCUGAUAUUACAUUUUUUGAUCAAAUGAGACAGCAAAUAGUGAUGUACAGGGUGAAACCUGCUGCUUUUGAUCUCUUCCUGGGUGGCUGCAUCAUGGCAUAUUUGGGCAUUGUUUACUUUGCUAUACAGAACUUUGACUAUGUCUACACUAAACUAAAGGCGGCAGUAAAACCAAAGCACCACUAA